GUGGCGGGAGGUUCGGGUCAAGCAUCGUCGUGAUGGCGGCGGCGCCGCUGCGCGUGCUGGCGUGUGGCGACGUGGAGGGGCGGCUGGAGGCGAUCUUCGGGCGGGUCCGCGCCAUCCAGGCCAAGAGCGGCCGCUUCGACAUGCUUCUGUGUGUCGGGAAUUUCUUUGGCUCUGCUUCCGAGGCAGAAUGGGCCGAGUACCGCUCAGGGGCCAAGAAAGCUCCAAUCCCAACCUACGUGCUUGGUGCUAACAACCAGGACACCCUGAGCUAUUUCCCGGAUGUCAGCGGCUGUGAGUUAGCCGAGAACAUCACUUACCUGGGCCGCAGGGGCGUGUACAGCGGCUGCUCGGGGCUGCAGAUCGCGUACCUGAGCGGCACCGAGGCGCAGCAGCAGCCGGCGCCCGCCCACAGCUUCAGCACCAAGGACGUGGCUGAGCUGAAAACGUCUCUGCUGUCAACCCCAAACUUCAGGGGUGUGGAUAUCUUGCUGACAUCCCCCUGGCCCAGAGAGGUGGGGACUUUCGCCAACAGCACGGGAGAAAUAGAUACCAAGAAGUGUGGCUCAAAGUUAGUAUCAGAUCUAGCUGCAAGUCUCAAACCAAGGUACCAUUUUGCUGCCCUGGAGAAGGCCUAUUACGAAAGACUUCCUUACAGGAAUCACGUGGUGCUACAGGAGACCCCACAGCACGUGACCAGGUUCAUUGCACUUGCUGAUGUUGGCAAUACAAGCAAGAAAAAGUACCUCUAUGCCUUCAGCAUCGUGCCCAUGAGCUCAAUGGACCCCGCAGAGCUGGUGAAGCAGCCUCAGGAUGUCACUGAAAAUCCCUACCGGAAACUGAGGAAGGAGACUCCCAAGAGCAAAGCCCCGCUCUCUGCUGAGGAAGAACCAGCUUGUCAGUUUUUCUUUGACUUGAACAAGCAUCAGGGAAAGAAACGUCCCUCAGAGGGGAAAGAGAGAGGGGACUCACAACCUAAGCAAGCCAAGAAACCUCCUCAGCCCACAGGGCCCUGCUGGUUCUGCCUGGCCAGCCCAGAGGUGGAGAAGCACUUGGUUGUCAGUAUUGGCACACAUUGCUACCUUGCCCUGGCCAAAGGGGGUUUGUCACCUGACCACGUCCUGAUUUUGCCAAUUGGGCACUAUCAAUCAGUGGUGGACUUGUCUUCAGAGGUGCUGGAAGAAGUGACCAAGUACAAGGCUGCCCUAAAGGAAUUUUUCAGAAGCAAGGGAAAGAGAUAUGUCCUAUUUGAAAGAAACUAUAGGAGUCAGCAUCUGCAGCUACAGGUGAUUCCUGUCCCGCUGGACCUCUGUACUUCUGAAGACAUCAAGGAGGCUUUUAUUGCACAGGCACAGGAACAGCAGAUUGAGCUGUUAGAAAUCCCAGAGCACUCGGAUAUCGCACAAGUGGCCCAGCCGGGGGUGCCGUAUUUCUACGUGGAGCUGGACACGGGGGAGAAGCUGUUCCACCGCAUCCGCGGCCGCUUCCCCGGCAACGUGUGCCUGUACCAGCACCAGGACUCGGGCGACCGCGUGGCCAUCAAAUCGUGCCGGCUGGAGCUCAGCGUCAAGAACAAGGACCGCUGGUGUCAUGAGAUCGACAUCAUGAAGAAGCUGAACCAUCCCAACGUGGUCAGAGCCUGUGAGGUUCCUGAGGAGAUGAAUUUCCUGGUUAACGACGUCCCUCUCCUGGCCAUGGAGUAUUGCUCGGGGGGCGACCUCCGCAAGCUGCUGAACAAACCAGAAAACUGCUGUGGGCUGAAGGAAAGUCAGAUCCUUUCUCUGCUUAGUGACAUUGGCUCUGGUAUCCAGUAUUUGCAUGAGAACAGAAUUAUACACAGAGAUUUAAAGCCUGAAAAUAUUGUUCUUCAGGAUGAAGGUGGGAAGAUUGUUCACAAAAUAAUAGACCUGGGAUAUGCAAAGGAUCUGGAUCAAGGAAGUUUAUGCACUUCAUUUGUUGGAACAUUGCAAUAUCUGGCUCCAGAACUCUUUGAGAACAAAUCCUACUCGGUUACUGUUGAUUACUGGAGCUUUGGGACAAUGGUGUUUGAAUGCAUCGCAGGAUUUAGACCUUUCUUACAUAAUCUACAGCCAUUUGCCUGGCAUGAAAAAAUCAAGAAGAAGGACCCAAAGCACAUCUUUGCCUCUGAGGAGAUGAACGGGGAGGUUCGCUUCAGCACCCACCUGCCGCAGCCUCACAGCCUCUGCAGUUUGAUUGUAGAACCCAUGGAGAACUGGUUGCAGCUGAUGCUGAAUUGGGAUCCACAGCAGAGGGGUGGAGGUUCAGAUCCUGAGACCAGUCGUCCCAGGUGUUUCCUAAUAAUGGAUCACAUACUGAAUCUGAAGAUAGUACACAUCCUAAACAUGACCUCUGCCAAGAUUGUGUCUUUCCUUUUGCAUCCUGAGGAAAGCCUUCAUUCCCUUCAGAAUCGCAUUGAGCUUGAAACUGGAAUAAGCACUGGAAAUCAGGAGCUGCUGUUGGAAACAGGGAUUUGCCUGGACCCUCGGAAACCUGCUUCCCAGUGUGUUAUUGAUGGCGUGAGAGGCUGGGACAGCUACAUGGUCUAUUUGUUUGAUAAAAGCAAAACUGUCUACGAUGGCCCCUUUGCUUCUCGGAGUCUGUCUGACUGCGUCAACUACAUUGUCCAGGACAGCAAAAUCCAGCUGCCAAUCCCUCAGCUGCGCAAGGUGUGGGCAGAAGCGGUUCACUACGUCAUUGGGCUGAAGGAGGAUUACAGCAGGCUUUUCCAGGGACAGAGAGCUGCCAUGCUCAGCCUCCUUCGGUAUAAUGCAAACCUGAUCAAAAUGAAGAACAACAUGGUGUCAGCAUCCCAGCAGCUGAAAGCAAAGCUGGAGUUCUUCCACCAGAGCAUUCGCCUCGACCUGGAGAGAUACAGUGACCAGAUGGCUUAUGGCAUAUCUUCAGAGAAGAUGCUCAAAGCCUGGAAGGAGAUGGAAGAGAAAGCCUCUCAGUGUGCACAGGCUGAAGAUAUUGGCUACCUGGAUGAGCAGAUCAUGGCUCUGCACACCGAAAUCGUGGAGCUGCAGAAGAGUCCGUAUGCAAGGCGCCAAGGAGAGGUCAUGGAGAGUUUGGAACAGAGAGCCAUAGACCUGUACAAGCAAUUGAAAACACGACCUCCAGAUCAUGCCUACAGUGACAGCACAGACAUGGUGAAGAUCAUUGUGCAGACAGUACAGAGCCAGGACCGUGUCCUCAAGGAGCUCUUUGGACACCUCAGCAAGCUCUUGGGCUGCAAGCAGAAGAUCAUUGACCUGCUCCCUGAGAUUGAAGUGGCUCUAAAUAACAUCAAGGAAGCUGACAACUCAGUGAUGCAGAUGCAGGGAAAAAGACAAAGGGAAAUAUGGCAUUUGCUGAAAAUUGCUUGUACUCAGAGCUCCUCUCGAUCGUUGGUCAGCUCUAGCCUGGAAGGAACAGCCUCAACUCCAGCAGCCACCUGGCUCCCCCAGAGCUCCUCAGGGAAUUCAGCUCCUCACCCUCUGUCCUCGCUGGCAGCUCCUGAAGAUGGGGAAAAUUUUGCCGACAUGAUCCGAGAGAAUGUGAAUUACCUCGAGCUCUUCAGCAGCAUUCUGCAGGAGGUCAGGCAGGAGCAGAACAGCAUGAUGAGUUUCGACUGGAGCUGGCUGAAGUAGCCCCAGGAGCCGAAGUGCUGCAUCACCCAAGUGCCUUCUGUGUGCUGAAUGCGGGCUCGGCCGCCUUCCCUGUGGGACACUGCAGUGUUCUGUUGACAUCACCAUGUCACCCACCUGCUGUCACCUCAGGGACUGGCCUGGGCCCGGCCCGUGGAGCCUCCUCAGGGACAGGGGGUGCGAGCAGGGCCCGCCGCUGCUGUGAGCCCCAUGAAUGUAUAGCGCGUGUAUAUAUAAUAAACUAUGGUGAGACACACACA